CGCGAAAACAUCAACCUCGAGGGGAAGCCAAUCCCACAACGACAUAAAUUCUACAAAGACGUCAAACCUAUAAAUUUAUUAGACUCGCCCAGAUACCAAGCCCCUGAGGACAUCACAACCGCAGCCACGACUCCACAUCGAUCCUCAUCCGCCCCUAAAUCGAAUCCCAAGACACUAUUCCACGAUCCUUGAGAGUAGGAAUUCCUCACAAACAUGGCAAACCACCGCGCAGACGAAAAGCGCUUCCUCGACGAACGCGGCUCCUCUGGCCCCCUUGCGCCAAACGGUCUCAACCCCGCCACAAUAAUGGAGAAGCCGGUCCGCGAGCGCAUAAUCGACUGCUACUUCUGGAAAGACCAAUGCUUCGGUGUCAACGAGUCGGACAUCGUAUCCCGCGUCGUCGAACACGUUCACUUCAUCGGUGGCACAUACGGUGAUGCUCAGAGGCCGAGCCCGUUUUUGUGUUUGGCGUUUAAGCUGCUACAGUUGGGGCCGAGUGAUGAGAUAUUGGAGGAGUAUUUGGGGUAUGGAGGGGAGAAAUUCAAGUAUUUGAGAGCACUGGCGUGCUUUUAUGUUAGGUUGACGAGGCAGGCGAAGGAUGUUUAUCGUUUGCUGGAGGGAUAUCUUGGGGAUUAUCGGAAGCUGAAGAGGAAAGGUAGGAUGGGGAGUAGUUUGACGUAUAUGGAUGCUUUUGUGGAUGAUUUGUUGGUUAAGGAGAGGGUGUGCGGUACGACGUUGUGGAAGAUGCCAAAGAGGGAGGUAUUGGAGGAUUUGGAUGUGCUAGAGCCGAGGGUUAGUCCUUUGGGAGAUAUUGAGGAUUUGUUGGAGAGUGAGCCCGAGGAGGUGGAAGAGGAGAAUGGGAGGAGUGAGGAUAAUGAAGGAGGUGGGAGAGGGAGUCCGGGGUCGGAGUUUGGGGAGGUCACGCCGGAGAUGGAUGAGAUGGAUGUUGAUCGAGAAAAGGAGACUGAAAAUGGGGAUUGAUGUAGUUGUUCUUGGGAGCGUGGCGUUUGUCCAAAGAAGGCAGGAAUCUUAGAGAUAUACCCUUUCUGCGUCGCCUCUUUGCCGUUAAAUCAUGCGUCUCAUUUCGACGAGGCCCUGAAGAUUUAGAGGCUUGUCCCAUUCGCUGUCCUGAACGUAUGUACAAAAUUUCUGAAAUCACCGUUGUCAAGAUCCGAAA